AUGUCCACUCAUUUUUACAAUAUGGGCACCAAGCUGCUCGUGGACACCGUGGGUAAAAUGAACGAGAACUUGACCUCCCUGGUUCUGGCUGCCUCGGUUUUUACUCUGACAGUGGGUUAUGUCUCCAAACGGCUGCUCCAGCAGUCUGCAGACAAAGACGCGAAAUAUCCACCCUUCAUCCCCUCCAGCAUCCCUUUCCUUGGACAUGCGAUUGCUUUUGGAAAAAGCCCAAUUGAAUUUCUAGAAAAUGCUUAUGAAAAAUACGGUCCAGUGUUCAGUUUCACCAUGGUGGGGAAAACGUUCACUUACUUGUUGGGCAGCGAAGCGGCCACACUUAUGUUCAACAGCAAGAACGAAGACCUGAACGCAGAAGACGUCUACUCCAAACUGACAACCCCAGUGUUUGGCAAAGGAGUAGCCUAUGACGUCCCAAACCCUAUUUUUCUGGAGCAGAAAAAGAUGCUGAAAACUGGACUGAACAUUGCUCGGUUUAAGGAGCACGUCAGGUUGAUCGAGUCAGAGACCAUUGAGUAUUUUAAGAGAUGGGGAGACAGUGGAGAGAGAAACCUGUUCGAGGCUUUGUCGGAGCUGAUCAUCUUGACGGCCAGCAGCUGCCUCCACGGGAAGGAGAUCCGCAGCAUGCUGAACGAACGAGUGGCUCAGCUCUACGCUGACCUGGACGGAGGGUUCAGCCAUGCCGCCUGGCUCCUCCCCACCUGGGUGCCCCUCCCAAGCUUCCGGAAACGAGACAAAGCGCACAGAGAGAUCAAGAACAUCUUCUUCAAGGUCAUUGAAAAGCGUAGGAGAUCUGGAGAGACGCCGGACGACAUCCUGCAGACCCUCAUCGAUGCUACCUACAAAGAUGGUCGGUCGCUCACCGAUGAUGAGAUCGCAGGGAUGCUGAUUGGUCUCCUCCUCGCGGGUCAGCACACGUCGUCGACAACCAGCGCCUGGAUGGGUUUUUUCCUGGCCCGGGACAAAGCUCUGCAGGAUCGCUGCUAUGCUGAGCAGAAGGCUGUGUGUGGAGAAGGUCUGCCGCCGCUCGACUUUGAUCAGCUGAAGGAUCUGAACUUGUUGGAGCGCUGCCUGAAGGAGACCCUGAGACUCCGCCCACCUAUAAUGACCAUGAUGAGGAUGGCUCGCACGCCUCAGACCGCGGCAGGAUACACCAUCCCCGUCGGCCACCAGGUCUGCGUCUCCCCGACCGUCAACCACCGUCUGCAGGACGCCUGGGUGGGGAGGAUGGAGUUCAACCCUGAGCGCUACCUAAACGACAACCCAGCCGCUGGGGAGAAGUUUGCUUACAUCCCGUUUGGUGCCGGGCGCCACCGCUGCAUCGGGGAAAACUUCGCCUACGUCCAGAUCAAGACCAUCUGGUCCACGAUGCUGCGAAUGUACGAGUUCGACCUGGUGGACGGAUAUUUCCCCACGAUCAACUACACGACAAUGAUCCACACCCCGCAUAACCCCGUCAUCAGAUAUAAGAGGAGGAAGCAGUGA